AGAAAGUGUGCUAUUCAAACACUUCUCAAAAAUCUUCCCAAAUACAUUGAUAACUGAAAUAGAUCUAUAAUUGAACAUAUUGUCUUUACUUCCAGAUUUAAAUAUUGGUGUCACUAUGCUUUCUUUAAAUUGGCGAGGAAUUACUGAGGAUUUGAAACAGAGGUUGAUAAUAUUACAAACUAUUUGCUGUAACACUAUGUUAUCCACUGGAGUUGGACACAUAGAGUGAGCAAUGUUGACGACAUGAAGGUCUGAUGUAUCAAGAAUUAAGUUUUGAUCAAUCUGACUUGUUAUUUGCUCACCGAUAUCAAUAAAUAUUUAUUAAAAACACAGGCUAUAUCAGUAGGACUGUCCAGCUGCUGAUUAUUGUGAUUAAUUGAUUUUAAGUCAUUUUUUUUAAUUUCGCCAGCGUUAGUUACCUCAUUGGGCUUUUCCUAUAGUUAUUACCUGCUAAAAUGAAUUUUUGUGUGUAAUAUUGAUUUUUAGAGAUCUUAAUAAGAUUAUUUACUCUGUUUCUGUAAGAGAUAUAGGACUGUAUCCAUAUCAAAUUAUCAAUAUCUUUCGUCAAACUCUGUUUCAACUCAUCCCUCUUCUAGUCUUACUAAUUAUUUUUAAAUAAUACAUAGAAUGAUCUAUGCCUUUAUAUAAUUCAUUAUAGAAGUUAUCAGUUGCUUUUUGGACAUCACUCUCUGAAAAAACACUGUCCCAAGUCACCACUUGCAAACAAUAUGUCAACCUUUUCUCAUCAAUACAAUUACUUCCUUCAAAUACCCAGCAUUGA